UGGCCGAAAUAUCACAUCGGCUCGAGCCCGUGGCGCUGGACAGCAGCAGCAGCAGCAGCAGCAGCCGCAGCGAACUCGAGGCCACUCCCUCCCUCCGCCACCUCGCGCUCGCCUGCCUGACGCCUCUCCUCGCUUUCGCCACCGGGGAGGGAGGGCGACCCUCCGAUCGGCUCCGCCAUGGCUGGAACUGCUGUUCUCAAUGAGCGCAUCCUUUCUUCCAUGUCCCAGAAACAUGUUGCUGCUCAUCCAUGGCAUGAUUUGGAGAUAGGACCAGGGGCUCCUGAAGUUUUCAACUGUGUGGUUGAGAUUCCUAGAGGCAGCAAGGUGAAGUAUGAGUUGGACAAGGCAUCUGGUCUGAUCAAGGUUGAUCGUGUCCUUUACUCCUCUGUUGUUUACCCACACAACUACGGUUUCAUUCCACGCACACUCUGUGAGGAUAGCGACCCCAUGGACGUCCUCAUCCUGAUGCAGGAACAAGUUGUCCCUGGGUGUUACCUGCGAGCUCGUGCUAUUGGGCUCAUGCCUAUGAUUGAUCAGGGAGAGAAAUAUGAUAAGAUCAUAGCGGUCUGCGCUGAUGACCCUGAAUACCGUCACUACACGGACAUCAAGGACCUUCCUCCACAUCGCCUUCAAGAGAUUCGCCGCUUCUUUGAAGAUUACAAGAAGAAUGAAAACAAAGAGGUCGCGGUGAAUGAGUUCCUCCCAGCAAAAAAUGCCAUCGAUGCAAUCAGAUACUCUAUGGACCUGUAUGGCUCGUACAUCAUCGAAGGACUGAGGAAGUAACAAGAUUGCAGAUGCUUCAUGAUUUACUCAGCAGCUCGAGAGUACUGUAGCACGACAUAUGUUAACAUGCACGAACUGAAAUCAUGACAAAGGAAUAUUACCUUGUGUUCAUGUUGAGACUAGCAGCAGUGCCUUUUGUUUCCAUUAUAUAUGCCGUGUCAAGUCCAAGCACUUGGCUUUGCUGAAAUCUGUCGUCAAACCAACAUUUGACAGAACGAUUACCUAAUAGAAUAUCACUGAUUACAUAAACGCCAUUUGCUUA